AUGCUUCUCACCGCCAUUGACCACGAUGAUAGAAAGGCUGGCGACGGGGACGGCGUGCACAUAAUUCACCCCUCUCGUCCUUUCUCCCAGCAUCUGAAGACUGUGCACAUCCUGGAGAUCGCCUUCUGUCCCUUGUACGUCCUGACGAUGGAGAGUAUUGCUAAGGCUGCAGGUAUUCCUGACGGGGUCAGUCUGUAUACCGAAGGCGAGCUCCUUGCUCAGUUUGCUGACGGUCCCGCGCUGAUUGGAAUCCUGUUCAAUACGAUGCUGUACGGUGCGAUGAUCACGCAGACGUUCUUUUACUUCUCGUCGUACAAGAGGGAUCCCUCGUGGAUGAAGUUCUACGUCGCGGUUUUGCUCCUCAAUGACACGCUUAACACCGUCUUCAACAUUUGGUGGAUAUACGAUGUACUCAUCAACAACUUCGGUAACGUCGAGGCACUCGGUCGAGGCAAUUGGCUCUUCGAGACUGAGGAAGCCAUGGCGGGCAUCAUCGCCAUGCAGGUUCAGUUCUACUACGCCUGGCGCAUCAAGAAGCUCACACAGAACUGGUGGUUGACACUUCUCGUUAUCAUCCCCUCUGUUACCGGCGGGUUGGCCGGCAUUGGAACGGCUAUCGGCGUGGCCAUUAUUCCUGACUUCUCUCAGCUGCAAAAACUCAAGCCCGUUGUUCUCACGUGGCUCAUUGGGGCAGCAGUGGCAGAUGUUAUCAUUGCACUUAUACUCAUAUGGCAUUUGCGGAACAACCGCACCAAGUUUCUUCGUACAAAUCAGAUGCUGUCGAGAUUGGUGCAGCUGAUCAUGUCGAAUGGCCUGCUCACCGCUAGCUUGGCUCUCGCGGACAUUAUAUCCUACCUUGCGACAACGAAAGGAUAUCACAUCGGGUUCAACUAUGCACUGGUUAAGCUAUACGGCAACUCCGUCAUGUCAAGUCUCAAUGCGCGGAGUCUCAUUGCCAAUGCAUCGUCUAGUCAGAACCCAUACAGCGACCAUGACUCCACGAGUAGGCAGAACGACGUGCAACUGGUGUCAACUGGAACUAGGGGACGAGCAGCACAGGUGGUGGUUAGCGUUGAGCGACAUGAGUUGACUGAUGUUGCUAUGCCGACUCUCAAGCACGGAGUCGACUGGCCAGAUGACAUGCAUCAUAUUGGAGAUGACUACAAAACCGUAGCAUGAUGCUUUCGCCGGUGUCAAAGUGCUUCUUUUAGACGACCUACCGAAGGAAUUAUGAUAUCUGAGCCAGAUCCUGCCUAAGGAGGUCCUGAGUUACCUUU